UACUGUUCGAAGGUUGUGUACCCUCCACUCUUCUACAUAUGCCGCUUUGCUGCGUGAAAGCAGCAUUCGCGCGAGGGUUUUAAGUCAAGUAAGUAAACGCAGUUAACGUGGCCUUGGGAUCCCGUUAAUAGAUCCCAGGUUCCAAAGUUGCCUCGAGAUUGAGCGGCCGAUCACGGAAAUGCCAUCCGCUUGAUCACGCGCGAUCUUCAACCACGCUAACUCUUAGCUCGUAAUUACAUCCACAGUCCUAAUUUGCUGAGUGGUAUGGCCGUGGUUCCUGCCCCUCAGACAUGGUGCAGUGAGAAGACGGAACCUUUAGAAGAACCGACGGAAAAAAAUGUGCAGCAAGUGGAGUGCGCAGUUUGCGGCGACAAGUCUUCGGGAAAACACUAUGGAGUAUUUACCUGCGAGGGGUGCAAGUCGUUCUUCAAGCGUAGCGUCCGUCGGAACCUCAGCUACACUUGUCGUGCAUCGAGGAACUGCCCUAUAGAUCAGCAUCACCGCAACCAAUGUCAGUACUGUAGACUGAGAAAGUGUAUAAAGGUCGGCAUGAGACGCGAGGGUACGGGUGAGAAAUUUUCAUUUUAACAAUACUAAAUCAAUGUUCUUCAGUGUGCGAUAGUAGGUAGCUCGCAAGUAUCCCGUGGCUGCUCGAGCAACUUGUUGAAUGAACCCUUUCACCUUAUCUCAACAGCCGUCCAACGAGGUCGAAUCCCUCCAACUCAAGUACCGCAACCGAGUCCGCAGCAUUCAGCGCUGAAUGGGAGUGAUGUGUCGAAUGGUCAUUCGUUUCUGUCCGGUUUUAUCAGCCUUCUCCUGCGAGCAGAACCCUACCCCACCACUAGAUUUCAACAGGGGUUGAACAUGCCAUGUGGAAUCAUGGGCAUCGAGAACAUCUGUGAAUUGGCCGCUCGCUUGCUGUUCAGUGCGGUCGAAUGGGCUCGAAACAUACCGUUCUUUCCCGACUUGGCUGUAACAGAUCAAGUGGCUUUGCUGCGUUUAGUUUGGAGUGAGUUGUUUGUGCUUAACGCUGCCCAAUGCCCGAUGCCGCUCCAAGUUGCCCCGCUUCUCGCCUCCGCCGGUAUCCACUCAAACCACAUGUCCCCGGACAGAAUGGUAACGUUUAUGGACAACGUGCGAAUCUUUCAAGAACAGGUCGAGAAGUACCGAAACCUGCAUGUGGAUGCUGCUGAAUUUGCUUGUUUGAAGGCCAUUGUGCUUUUUACAUCAGGUAAGUCAGCUCGCUGGGCGCCACUUCCUUCAUCUUUGAAAUAUAUUUUGAUAUUUUAUUUAUAACUGUCUUUGAACAUUAGUAACAUUUGAUCUAUUGCGGUGAAUUAAUAGCAAUGCCCUUCCCUAUUCAAGGUCGUGUGCUAGUCCACUGCGGUGCGGCCUAUCGCGCCACCAACAUUAUUUCAAGUAUAUACCAAUGUCACGGAUCCUAAUUGUGUUUUCACAGAUGCGUCCGGUCUUACUGACCCGCAGUACAUCGAGAGUCUACAAGAGAAGACGCAGUGUGCUCUUGAAGAGUAUACAAGAAACCAGUACCCGAACCAACCGAAUCGCUUUGGAAAAUUGUUGUUGAGGCUUCCCUCUUUACGGAGCAUUAAUUCGUCCAUUGUGGAACAGCUUUUCUUCGUUCGUCUCGUGGGUAAAACUCCAAUUGAGACAUUACUUAGGGAUAUGUUGUUAUCUGGAACGCCAACAAGCUGGCCUUACCUGCCUUGUUCAUAGAGCAAAAUGCUAUAAAACAAGCGGGGAUUUUGGCGUUUCAGUUGAGCUUCACGCUGGCGCAACAAGCUACCGCUCUCGUUCUUGAAAAGAACACUAAAAACAUUUUCUUCCCGUUCAAAUUUUGUUAGCAAAAACCGGCUUCAAGCCUGAAACCUUUAGUCUAAUUUUUACUUAGGUUCCUUUCUAGUUAGCAAUUUAUAAAGGAUAUUUCUUGUUCGUGCACGAACUCGCAACAUUUUAUAACUAUUUGCGGAGACGACAAAAUGGAACCCGCCGUUCCAAAAGUGAAACUAGUAGGUAUGGUUUAGAUAUUAGUGACUGUGAAUGUUCCAAGUUAAACUGUCUAUGUACAUAGUCGAGUCGGUUGAAUUCUAGACGCUCAAACUAGCUUUUGACAAAGCUUGUUAGUUAGAAGUUGUAUAGCGUAGUUAUUUUUAUUACAAUGCUGUGUGGACCACGAGUAGCUUAGCUAUAUGUUAAAGUAUUUUUUUUCUCGUCGAACUCUAAGUUCGACCAGUGUUUGAUCUAUUGCUCUAUGGACCAGAAAUGGUCACGUUGCUGAAAGCAACAGGUUCGAUUAUUGCUUCAAUGUCCCGAGUUAUGUGUGUCAAGAAAUUGAUGUCCAAGACAUCGUAUAAUGAAAUAAUACAAAAUUAAAGAGACAUUUUGAAUAGACGUGAUGUUUAGCUGUUUAUUAUUCCUCACUUGUCUGGAAAUGAAACGCACAAUCCGUUUAUUCAUUGCUAGAAACAGAACUGUAUUAUUAUUUUUUUUCGCUUACAGUAGCUAAUAUAAAACCUGGGUUAUUUAGUUUGGGGCGACAUAGGUCAAGAUAUAUCUUUUACCCUGUAAAUAAGAAACAAACGAGUCGUUUCUCUUUGUAUUGUACACUUUGAUCGGGGUGAUCGUUGGAAAUGAAUGGAACUUCUUUUGAUAGUGAUAAAAAUACACAGUACACAUCGGUGGCAAAGAACAAUACUUAAGUGUCCUGCCGACUCAAAUUUGCUCGUUUCAUUUAUUCAUCGACAGACUUAUCAAGGACGAGGAGGUACUUUCCAUAUAAAAUUUAACUGGAUUAAAUGAAUAGUAAGAUAUUAGAACUAUUAUGGCGUGCGAGGAUAUUGUUCUGAUAAAGUUCUUCAGAGUGGCCUCCGUCGAGAAGACAUUACUUUGUAAACAGGCUCUUAUUUUGGAAAAUGUUUAGACGGUUAAACAAUACUCAACCACAGCAGAUCCGUCGGCUUGCAAGUUCACUGCAUGAUCGCUCCGUUAUCGUCAGGUUGUGACACACAGGUGUUGUACAGUGAUGAUGUUAUUUAUUGAGAACAAUCUUUAAUUUGGGGAAUGUUGCGUUUGAUGGUGUUACUUCAAACGGCGGAAGACAGCUAGUUUAACAGAACACGGUUUUACAUCAACAGGCAAUGGAGAGUGUUAAUUUCAGUAAUGAGAAGAAUGCAAAUCUUUUCCAGCAGUUAACAGAAAUUAAAAAUGUUGCUCUCUUUCUCAGGCUGGCCGACAGACUUUUUUUAAGUGACGAGAAUGGACAGCAGAAGUUUCUCUGUUAGUCAUACCUUACAUAAUAUCAUGUAUGACCUGUGUGUAUAAUUGUUUCCACACGGAAAUUGGUUCUUCGACCUUGUAUUUGAAACAUAGUACCUUGCAAACGGGCUCAAAGUGUUCUAAUUUCGAACCCAAUUUCAAGGUCAAUGAAUAUAGUGUUUUGGCGAUGUCCCAUCGCGUUGUUGUCUCUCAUCGGUGACCUCUUGUUGUACGGGGAACGAAGGUGGUUUGAGUUAUCUCUGAACUCAAACGGAGGCGGUGCUUUUUUACACCGAAUUAGAAGCUAAACUGGGCCUAAUCCCUCUGUGAUUGUAGUCCUACUUUUUAAGCUUUCGACGGCUGUUGUGGUUGAACGUUUUCGCUCUUCUCUCGUAAACUAUGUCGUCUGGUAUGGUCCUCAAGAAAAUCGUCGAAGAACGGUUUUUGGCUUUAAAUUUGGGAUGGUGCGGUGAUCUGUUGCAUAGCCAUAACGCGUCAAAAAUGACCUCUGCGAGCUUGUUAAACAGGAAAACAAGAAGCGGCAACAUUAACUUCGUGAACCGUUAAAACUUUAUUCUUAUUAAAUCGCAUCAAGAGAAAUGAACAUAAAUGUCCUUCACUCCCGCUUCUGAACGUGUCCGCAGUUUUCAAUGCAAUAAUUCUUCCUAGUGAUCCAACCUCGACUCUUAAAAAAUUUCUCAGACAUGAAAUAAACACUCUCUCCUUUAGUUAUUUCAGUUUUUAUUCAAAAUAAAGAUCUAUGUUUACUCUAAGUCACUUGGUGAAAUAACUUGCC